AUGCGAGAUGGUGAGCAGCAGCAAGAGGAAAGCAGUGAUGAAGUUCAGAAGAGAUAUAUUUGCCUGAUUCAGGAGCUUCAUGAGCUGAGAGAAGGAAUUGCUGAUGACGAUGCAAGAUUAGAGAGCGUAGUAAGUAGAUCGAAUGUGUUGUUUAAAAGGAUAAAAACAUGUUCUGAGCUUAAGCUGGAUGCAAAGAUAACUGCGAUGUCGACUGGAUUAGCAUGCAAAGGAAUAGAGAAGAAGAUGGAGCCUGAAGAUGUAGGCUCGAGAAUGCUUGCCGAGGUCAUGUGCAGUAGCCUGAUAGACAGACUGUGUGAAGCAGCACUAGAGUGCUAUAUUGGGAUGAGUUUUGUAGAUAGCCUCGUGCUUGGCAGAUGUGGAAUGGCGAGGAGCCGAGACAGAAUACAGCAGCCAAGAAAACGGUACCUGAAUAUUGAUAAGGAUGCCAUGAGGCCGGUUGAGAAAGACAUGCAAAUAGAGAAGGAGUCUGAAAUUGUUUGUAAGAUGAAUAGGAUGGUUGUGGAGGAAAGGGCGAUGGACUAUUUUGAGUUUGUUAUAGAUUUGGAAUCGUUUUCAAAGACGAUAGAGAAUAUAAUGUACUUUUCACUUGCGAUGAGAUCUGGAAAAGCAUGUUUGAAGAGCCAGGACGGCAAGCUAUUUAUUUGUCCGCCAAGUAACGACGAAAGUGAGAUGAUGCAUCUAGUUGUUGAGAUGACAUAUGAAGAGUAUGUGGAGAUAUCUGCAAGAAUGAAAAUGGCGGAUAUGAGAGUUGAUGAAUUUUGCAGAUAA